GAAAAAAAAAAAAGAAAAGAGAAAAUGAAAACGGAAAACCUCUCUCCCCCUCUCUGUCUCUAUAUAGCCAGCAAUCGCUCCUUCAGUUUCUCAACUGACCUCUGUCUUUACAGUACUGCUAGUUAUCAUCAAAAGGUCUGUUCUUCAUAGCUCAUGGGAAGACAGUAGUUGCUUCCAAUGUAUUCGAAAAGAUCAGUCGAAGGGGAUGGGUCUGACUCAAGGCCAGUUCGUACAAGUGAUAGGCUCAGGAGUAGGCCAAAGUUCUAUAAUCGCCCAUACUUGUAUUACACUCCUACUAUCAUACGGUCUAAGAGGAAAAAGACCAAAACAAGGACUGCAGCUGCGCAAAUAGCAAAGAUGUUGCGGGAAAAGAGAUCAUCAAAAGCUAAUUCAGUGGCAACCAAUCUUAGGCGCUCUACUAGGAAGAGGAGGGUUCCUAUUAAUCUUGAAGAAUACACCGACAGUUCCGGAACAGAGGAUAACGACUUAAUGAUUCCUAGGUACAGAAGGUCUAGGAACAGAGUAAACAAUAACAGUGCAAGCCAAGAUGAGUUGACACCCCGUCGCGAAGGGCUAAGACCUCGCCGGGAAGGGCUUCGACCUCGACGUUCACGAGCAGGUUCUAGAGAAGGUUUAAGUAUAGAAUCUGACGAGGAACAAAGUACAUCUGAUGAGAAAGGGGCAAAUGACGAGCCAGAAAAUGGGAAAGACAUGGAGGAUAAUGAUGCUGAUGAUGGAGAGGGUGAAGAUGAGGGUGCUGGUGAGGAUGAUGCUGGGGAGGAUGAUGGUGAAGAGGGAGAGGAAGAUGGUGAUGAUGAAGAAGGUGAAGAGCAAGAGGGUAGACGGCGGUAUGAUCUUCGCAACCGUGCUGAUGUCCGCAGGAUCUCUAUCGAGCAAAGUAAACAAAUGCCAAGAUCUCCCCGUAGAAUACUUCAUCAAGGAAUGGGAACGAAAGUAGGCAGGGAUGGGAGGAGGGGUGGGUCGCGAGUUCAUAAACGUCACCGCAUGACACGAGCUGAAGACUCUGAUGAUUCCCUUCUAGUAGAUGAACUUGAUCAAGGUCCGCCAAUCCCUUGGGGGAGAGGUGGCAGCAGGACUGGGCCACCUUGGCUACUUGGGGGACUAGACAUGCAAGGGACAACCUCAUGGGGUUUAAAUAUUGCUGCCUCCGGUUGGGGUCAUCAAAAUGAUGCUCUCUCUAAUUUGACUUCUGGCAUCCAAACUGCUGGUCCAAGUUCCAAAGGUGGGGCUGAUAUUCAGCCUGUUCAAAUUGAUGAGACUGUAAGUUUUGAUGAUAUAGGUGGUCUGUCUGAGUACAUUGAUGCUUUGAAGGAAAUGGUGUUCUUCCCACUGUUAUAUCCAGACUUUUUUGCUAGCUACAACAUUACCCCACCUAGAGGAGUCUUAUUAUGUGGUCCUCCUGGCACAGGGAAAACAUUGAUUGCUAGAGCAUUGGCAUGUGCUGCUUCAAAGGCUGGGCAGAAAGUCAGCUUUUAUAUGCGAAAGGGUGCCGAUGUGCUAAGCAAAUGGGUAGGCGAAGCUGAAAGACAAUUGAAAUUGUUAUUUGAAGAAGCUCAAAAGAACCAGCCUUCUAUAAUCUUCUUUGAUGAAAUAGAUGGGCUUGCUCCUGUUAGGUCUAGCAAGCAAGAGCAAAUUCAUAAUUCAAUUGUAUCAACUUUACUUGCCUUAAUGGAUGGUCUUGAUUCUCGUGGACAAGUAGUCUUGAUUGGAGCAACCAACAGAGUUGAUGCCAUUGAUGGAGCCUUGAGGCGUCCUGGGAGAUUUGAUCGUGAGUUCAACUUUCCCUUGCCUGGCUGUGAAGCACGUGCUGAAAUUCUAGAUAUACAUACUCGUAAGUGGAAGCAACCUCCUUCAAAGGAGCUAAAGUUGGAGCUUGCAGCUAGUUGCGUGGGAUAUUGUGGAGCUGAUUUAAAGGCUCUAUGCACUGAAGCUGCUAUACGUGCUUUUCGCGAAAGGUAUCCUCAAGUUUACACUAGUGAUGACAAAUUUUUAAUAGAUGUUGAUGCUGUGACGGUGGAAAAGUACCACUUUGUCGAGGCUAUGUCCACAAUCACUCCAGCUGCUCACAGAGGCUCCAUUGUGAACUCUAGGCCAUUGUCACCUGUUGUUUCACCAUGCCUACAAAGACACCUGCAAACAGCAAUGAAUAUUAUUUCUGACAUCUUCCCUGCUCAAACAGUUUCAUCAGAGGUCACCAAGCUUUCGAUGCUUUGCUAUGGAUCCGCUAUUUCUCUUGUCUAUCGGCCUAGGCUUUUGCUCCACGGUGAUGAUGGUGUCGGACUGGACCAUAUUGGGCCAGCUGUUUUACAUGAACUGGAGAAAUUUCCUGUUCACUCUCUCGCACUACCAUCUUUACUUUCUGAUCCUGGUGCCAAAACACCAGAGGAGGCAUUGGUGCACGUCUUUAGUGAAGCCAGGAGAACAACACCGUCAGUCCUGUAUUUGCCUCAAUUCAACCUUUGGUGGGAGAGCGCUCACGAUCAACUUAGGGCUGUACUGCAGACACUGUUGGAAGAAUUACCAUCAGACUUGCCUAUAUUACUAUUGGGAACAUCCACCACUCCACUCGCUGAGAUAUGUGAUAGUCCAUUCUCAAUAUUCUCUGACCGCAAUGUUUUUCAUUUGAUCUCACCAUCAACCGAAGAUAGAUCUUUGUUUUUUGAUCGUUUGAUAGAAGCAGCAUUGUCUGUACAAUCUGAACGUCUGGUCAAGGAUUCAGCUUGUAAGGGCCUUCCUGAACUUCCAAAAGCACCAAAAGUGGCUACAUCACCGAAGGCCUCUGAGUUAAGGGCCAAAGCUGAAGCUCAGGGUCAUGCUCUUCGCCGACUGCGCAUGUGCCUUCGGGAUGUUUGUAACCGGAUGCUCUACGAUAAACGUUUCAGUGCCUUUCAUUAUCCAGUCAUGGAUGAAGACGCACCAAACUAUCAUGCAAUAAUCCAGAAUCCUAUGGACAUUGCUACUUUACUGCAGCGAGUUGACAGUGGAAAGUAUAUCACAUGUAAAUCAUUCCUCGAGGAUUUCGAUCUCAUUCUAACUAAUGCCAAGAAAUAUAACGGGGAUGAUUACAAUGGAGCAAGAAUCGUUAGUAGAGCUUAUGAACUUCGAGAUGCUGUGCAUGGUAUGCUAUCCCAGAUGGAUCCCUCCUUGAUUGCGUUUUGUGACAAAAUAGCAGAUGAAGGAGGUCCUGUCUCCUUGUCUGUUGAUAUAGGUGGGUCUGCAGUGUCGCAAGCUCCUGUUAUCCAGAUGAUGUCUAUGACUAGGGCUAGUGCCCGACUCCGUAAUGUCCAGCCUGAAGUUAAUCUAGAUCAAAGCUAUGAAGCAAUCAAAAGGCAGAAGAAACAUGUCGAUGCUUCUCAAACAGUUUUGGUGGCAGAAGAGGGAUCAGAGCAUGAUAUAGUUCCGCCUAAUCCAUCUGAAGAUGCUGAAGUGAAUAGUACAGAUGAGCAAAUUCCAGAAACUCCAGCAACCAACAGCAACCAGACUGAAAAUCCUGAUUGUACGCAGGAUGUUACCAUGACUGAUGGAGAGCUUUCCAGUCAAGUUGAGUUCAUCAAGCAGCUUCUUUUGGAGCAUUCAAAAGACUAUGGCGUUCCACAGCUUGAAAGACUGUAUGCACGUGUAAUGAAGGGCGUUUUUGAAACAAAAAGCAAGGCUAAGAUCGAAGAUCUUAAAGCUUCAAUUUUGAGUUUCUUGUUUGAAUUUGCCAAGGAUCGGUCCAAGUUCUGAUUACAUUCUUCUAGAUUCAAAAUACAAUUUUCCAACA